CGCUUUCCCAUGAAUAUUAACAAGAGGAGUGUGCGAGUGGCUCCGAGCUGUGAGGCUCGUUGCGCGCAUGCGCCGAGUGGAGCCUCCUACAACAAGAAGCAGCAGCCAGGCAAGAUGGCGGACCUGGGAAAGAAGUACUGCGUUAACUGCCUCGCAGACGUUACCAACCUGCGGCUCCGCUGCACCGACUGCCCAGAUAUCGAGCUGUGCCCGGAGUGCUUCUCGGCGGGCGCCGAAAUCGGCAACCAUCGCAGAUGGCACGGCUACCAGCAGGUCGACGGCGGGCUGUUCUCACUGUGGGGUCCAGAGGCAGAGGGAGGAUGGACUAGCAGGGAAGAGCAGUCGCUGCUCGAUGCCAUCGAGCAGUACGGCUUUGGAAACUGGGAGGACAUGGCCGCACACGUCGGACCAUCCCGAACGCCGCAGGAAGUCAUGGAGCAUUACGUCACCAUGUACAUUCACGGUAACCUCGGUAAAGCCUGCAUCCCUGACAGUAUUCCCAACAGAGUAACUGACCACACUUGCCCAAGCGGGGGUCCCCUAUCACCCAGCCUCACCACCCCGUUGCCCCCGUUGGACAUAAGCCUGGCCGAGCAGCAGCAGCUCGGCUACAUGCCUCUGCGCGACGACUACGAAAUUGAGUACGACCAGGACGCGGAGAAGCUCAUCAGCGGGCUGUCGGUGAACUACGACGACGAGGACGUGGAGAUCGAACUAAAACGUGCCCACGUAGACAUGUACGUGCGCAAGCUGAGGGAGAGGCAGCGGCGCAAGAACAUUGCCCGUGACUACAACUUGGUGCCUGGGUUUCUUGGCAGAGACAAGAAAGACAAAGAGAAAGAGAAGCCCGGAGGGUUGCAGGUCAUAGGCGGUUCUGUCCCUACGGGUGGAUCGGGAGCAUCCAGCGCCGCAGUCGGACCGGCCUCCACCACGACGACGGGGUCCGUCCCCAUCCCGAGCACACCCAAAAGAAAGAUCACCAAGGAGGAGAAAGAGCAGCGAGUGAGGCUACGGGCGCUCUGCCAGUUCAUGGCCCAUCGGGAGUUUGAGGAGUUCUUCGAGAAUAUGCACAAGGAACGGGUGCUGAGGGCCAAGGUGCGCGAGUUGCAGCGCUACCGCCGCAACGGCAUCGCGCACCUGGAGGAGUCCGCCGAGUACGAAGCCGCCCGUCACAAACGGGAGAAGCGCAAGGAAAACAAAAACGUGGUGGCCUCCAAACGCGGCGGGUCGGGAGGGGCCGGGCUCGGCUCUGGGUUGGGACUUGGCGGCGGAGGCGGCGUCACGGUGGGGAUCGGGGUUGGAGGUGGGAUCAAGGAAGAGAGCAAAGACGGUGAGUUUGCCACCAUCGAGAACUUGACGGGGUUUGAGUUGCUGUCGGAUCGGGAGAAGGUGCUGUGCAACUCCCUCAACCUGAGCCCAACACGCUACCUGACUGUCAAAACCAUCAUCAUCAAAGACCACCUGCAGAAAAGGCAGGGCAUCCCGGCAAAAAGCCGACUGCCCGGCUACCUGGACAAGGUUCUCAAGAAGCGCAUUCUCACCUUCCUCACAGAGAGCGGCUGGAUAUCCAGGGACGCCUCGUAGCGAUCCGUCUGCGGUCGGUAAUCACAAGCCGAUGAUGGCCGGUAGCCGACUAGCUUCACGCUGUGGAGGCUGGAUGGAACUACUGCCUCUCACCGACUACUUUUUCUAGUUCUUCUUUUUUUCACCUUGCGAAAAAUAUAGUUUUUAUAGUUAUUAUUCCACUGGAAUAAUAACUAUAUUUUCAUACAAGUUCUAGGAACAAAAGUUUAAAAAAAAAAGAUACGGGGCUCAAGGAUGUCCAGCACCUUUUGAGUUUACCAUUGUGUGCUUCCCGCUACAAUUCUUGAUGAAUAAAUUAUGGUAUUUUGCAUUUUGGGAUUUAUUUAUCUCAAGCGUCACUCCUAAGCAUCAUUGUAAAGAUGAAAGAACGAACGAGUAAAACCUAUUUCAUAAAGAAAAAUAAGGGGGUUCCACUCAAAUGAUGUUUGAAACCACGUGUUUGCUGAGGAGCCUUUCUGAUGACCUUUUUGUUUUCACUCUAUAUUUGAACCGAUUCACGGAAUUCCUUUCAGUUUCAUGCACUGGUACCGUCACAUUGUUUUGUCAAUGCUACAUUAGCACUGAAGGGGUAAUGAAUGGUCAGUAGACUAAAGAAAAAUGUAUUGCUAGCACCAAAAGAGAAGCUUAAAGUUGAGUGUUGUCCAAUAGUGGACACUGCCAAUGUUCAUUGAAGUUCCAGCUGAAUUAAUAACCGGCAGAUUCAAAGUAUUUUGAUAAGAAUAGUGUGUUAAAAAUGAGGAAAAAGUAGGAUGUCAUGUUUAAUUCAAACCCGCCGACGUCUGGUUGGCGAAUUUUAUUUGCCUUUGUCAAGAGUGGACAGUCUUGUGAUUAAAGCUGUUACAAACGCUAAAAGGUUCCCCAGAAAUUUGACAGUUCCCACGCUACCAUUAGGGUUGUUAAAAUACAAAAGUGCCUAAACCUAGGUCAGAGAAGAGCAUUGCCUUGAUUCCGGUGAGUGGUUCGUGACUGGUUCGUUACGCUAGUUUAUGGUCUAGCAUAUUCCCGGAAAAAUUUCCACCGCCAACUGGAGUCUAACUAGGGGUUAACCCCAGACAUCUAGCGUUGCGACAUGCUAAUGUGACGACCGACUUGACGGUAUUAGUAUGUACCGUCCUUGACGCAAGCGAUAAUUUCUUAUUUCCCCCAAUGAGUAGAAUGUGUUGUGUGACAGUAAUGGCUCCACCCUAACCGUACCAUGUCAUUCUCCUGUUGUCCUCCAACCAAACGGUGCCCAGGAACGGUCUGGUUCAGGUCGGUUGUAUGAGUCUUUUUUUUUUUUUUUUACUAUGGGAACAAAGUAGUGAACCGACCCAUGCCAUACCGCUUAAUCGAAGUGAGGCAUAAGUGUAAACUCAUUUUAUGACCUGCUAAAUUUUCUGUAGCAGUUUCACCAGAGUGUUAUUGAUCUUGGUUUUAGAAAGACGGAAGCUAAAAGACUUGUUGGCCUCCUGAUAACGACAUGUAAAAGUCCUGCAGCAUCACAGAGCCAAACGUACUGGUAUCCCUGCUGUCAAUACUUUAUACUGACCCCCUGUUCCCAGCAGGACAGAGCUUUAUGUCCUAAGACAACUCACAAGGAUGGAGAAGAGACAGAGAGGGAUCUUUGACUAGAUCAGCUAUUCCCUAGUUCUUCAACAGGUUUAGGGUCUUGAAACAGCCAAGAAAGUCGUUUAAGUUUCUAGGCUUUUUGGUUGUCGGUGUGAGGUUAAACGUCACACCUUCUCAUUUUACUGGCAUCAUUUUAUCUAAAGUUGCCCGGUAUUCCGUGAGGCAACCGUUUUCUGACAAGGUUCCCGGAUCUUUGGAAGGCCCACAGAACCGCAACCGUCCCUCGUUUCCUGCCAAAGCCGCCCGGAGUUUUUAAUAUGUCAAAAAAAAGCUCAGAGUCUCGUCUGACCAAAGCACACAAUUUCAGCAAACUCCCCAAGUUUGCUUUUGUGAUAGUAGGACAGAAGAAAGGUUUUUUUGUUUUGUUUUCUGGUAGUAGCCGGUUGCCAUGGGGAGUUUCUCCACUGAAUAAAUCAUCUUAAGUUUUUUGGGGUUUUUUGUACUUAUACUUACCCUGAGGGGUAUAUAUCUGUACUAGGAGUAAUUGGUUAAUUUAGCUCUAAAACCUUUCUUGAAAUGCAUUACAUCUUAGAUAUUCUUCCUACUACAGCCUACUAUAAGUGUAUUAAAAUAAAUAAUGUACUAGUUCUCUAAACCCUGAGAAAGAUCCUCUGCUUCUCAGGUUGCGCAUCAAAACCAUGUGCUCCUUUCUCCCAAAGUCUCUCAUUCUGAGGUCAGAACCUGAACAGCAUUACCAGACACUUUCUUACCACAUCACUGCUCUUACGUUGGUUUUUCUGGUUUGUUUAAUUCAGCUUUAAAGCUAAAGUUACUCCGUCUUACUUGGAUGUGUUUCUUGGAUCAUCCAGCAGUUGUUAAAAAGAAAAAGAAGAAAAUAUGAGUUGAACAUCCGUUUGCAUUUGUUGUUGAUGUUUGGCGUGGCAAAGGAGGGUUGGGGAUUAUUUGUCCUUGUCGUUUUUGGAGCAUGUCCCCCCGGCUGUAAUGAGGCUGUAGACGUUCUUGUGAUGCAACAAUCAAUGUAUCCAAGUAGUGAAUGUAUUUCUGUCGAAAGGACAUGGGAAGUGUUCAAAAUAAGAUCCCAACCAAUGGUUUUAUCCUCCCGUAUGGGCAAGUUUGACAAUUGAAGUCUUCAGAUGUGCUGAAGCGUAUCGUUCACACAGGCUAAUGGUUGGGGGACUUUUAUCUUCUCCAGACAUACACUGAGUCCACUGAGACCUUCUGUUCUCAUUUAUAUAUGUCCAGAAACGGUGUUGGACUUACAAAGAAACACUGGUUGGAGGUUGAAAAAUCGAAAUAUAGCAUAAAUGUUUUACGUUUUGAACACUCUGUGGAGGCGUUUGUUUCCAGUUGAUGCCUGAAAGCUUGAAAUUGAAGCUGUUUGAUUUGAUUUUUAGAUAUUUUUUUUUUAUUUCAGCAUUCAGUCAGGACUUUUUAGAAAAGUCCUAAAAAGAGGGCGUCUAUGCUUACUUAUGUGAACCAAAUGUAAAUAAUUUGUAAGAUAAGAAAUGUGUAAUGUACAGUAUUUUGUGUUGUGCAAAUUUUUAUAAGUUUUGUAUUAAAAACAGAUUUUUGACAAAAAUAAUGCUCUUUUUUUUUGUCUGUCUUUCUUUCUUCUUGUUCCAUCUACUGGUCUCGCAUUGCAGAGCCGUUUUACUUUUCCGGUGCUAAUGAAUUUGAUAUUUGGAAAUAUUUUCUCGUCUCCUUUCAUGGAGUAAAUCGAAUGUUGACGCUGUUGAAGCACACAGAGAGAAGGGUUAAGCGGGAAGUGGAUGAGAUCUGCAUGUCGAUGAGGUUCCUUUGGUCACAAUGUUUUCCUUCACAAAGAAAGAAAUCGGAUUCAGAUUCUGUGGGUUCCACCUUGUGGCAGAAAGAGGAAGUGACGGAAGACGUUCAUACCUCAACUUCCAAAACAUUCAUUACUUCUGACUCAAAAGUACCAUAAAAAUCCACUCUGGUUUGCUUACAGCUAUUUAAAUGUGCACAAGAUGUUCUUUCUGGGCAUGUCAACUGCAUUGCUGGAGGAGGAAAAGAACACCAUGCGCACAGUGAAGAAUGGUGGCGCCGUUCCUCCGGCCCUGGAAAACUGUGACUUGUGGAGAACAAGACGGAUUCAAUCAAGUGUCAGGAAAGCCUGGGAGACACUGUAAUGGCAGCUGUGAGGAAGAUGAAGCUGGGGUGUGUUUGAAAUUCCAAAGAGGACAAUAAUGUAAAGCGCAUCUCAAUGUCCACUGAGGCUUGAUUCCAGAAGUCCUAAACGAUUCUGCAGUUUCCAUCGUAGCCGUUGUUUUCUUGGGAUUCUGUUGUGGUGUGGCAUGCGGACCACUCCUCACAGACCAUUCUCAUGCGCAAGUACUUCAUAAUUAUCCUCUUGCCUCGUCAUUGAGUCGGUCUGAUUUCCGACUGAGACGUUGAUCUCGGUAAGCGUGGUAAAUUGUUAAUCAAGCUUAUUUUAUUGUUUAUUGCCAAUGGAUGCCAGCUUGUACAGUUUGCCAGUGGACCCAGUUUGCGUUGGGGGUCAGCUCCACGUAGGUGCAGACACGAGAAACAGCAAAAGGUUCCAUGGUUAAAACGUUUAAAAAGUGCCGCUCUGCAGUCCAGAACAAGAUUUAAGAGUUUGACAGUAAAAUUUUAUUAUAUUAUUUUACUAAGGCAUGUGGCAUGAAGCCAUGGGUUUUACAGAUGGGUGAACAGCUAAUGCGGACUAUAAAAUAUAAUUUUCCAGCAGCAUAAGUCAUGGUGGUUUUUGAAUGUGUAGAAUUCAAAAACAAACUUCCAGAAAACGGCAAAACUGUCAAAACACUGACUUUCUUUAAAUCAAGGCUAAGAAGCCACCUGUUUAGAGCUGGUUUGAAUUCACAAUAACUUGAAUAUUUGUCAGCAUACUUGAUCAAUGAUAUUUGUGUGUUUACAUAGCAAUUUGGAGGAGAGCAUUUGACAAAAUGUAAUGUUUCAUAAUUGGUUACUGUACUGCUUUUAUGGUAUAAAGC